AUGUUGAGAUAUAGCUCAGUAUCGCACAGAACUGGGAGCUAUGCUCUUCCUGUACUGGCAAAGAUCCGGACUAGGAAGUAUGUCAAAGCAUCUUCAGAGCCGGAUGAAAUGACCGAGGUUGCCCAAGGUGAGGAUCCACGACGUUUGCCAGAAGAGAAGAAAAAAGUUGAAGCUUGGAGUCAAGUGAUUAGAAUGCUCAGUCCACCAGAUGUUAGUGGCACUUAUCGGUUGCGAAAGUACUUAGUGGACCCGAAAUUGAGAACAAAUUUGAUAAGCAAAGCGAAGCGCCAGCAAAUGCCACACUUAGUUCUGGUCGACUUGAUUCAAAAUGGCGGCAAGUUCCCCAAGGAGGAGAAGUAUGUGGAGAGCCAUAUAGACAGGGCUUUGGGAACUAAUUCAUGGGAAGAUCUACCAGAUGAUAUUGAAACUAUAGUCACCAGGCUACAUGAUCUAAAGUCUGGGCAGCAGUUGGUGAUUGUGGGUGCAGGUAUUUCCGGCCUAUCUUUAGCAUGGUUUGUGGCCCAUGCUCGUCCCGAUGUGAAAAUUAAAAUACUUGAGAGUAGUUCAAAAGUUGGUGGCUACUUAGAGUCAGAAAAAGUUGGAAACGAGCUUUUUGAGCACGGCCCGCGUACGUUAUUACCAUCACACCCAGGAACCAUCAUUGCUAGUCAGAUUAUGUCAGAUUUGGGAAUGGUAGAGAAUGGUCAGUUAGUUGGUGUUCCAAAGAGAUCACCUACCAAUACCAAGGGAAUUGUAUACAACAAUGAAUUGGUACCACUACCUACAAGCGGCCUUGGCGCUCUGAAGUUUUUGUUCUCGCCUAUAAUGAGAGGGGUAAAAUUCGGGGCAUUGAGAGAUCUUCUAUUAGCAAGGCCGCGAAAGAAUACAAUUAACGACGAAAGCAUAGAGUCGUUUAUCUCUAGACGGUUUAAUAAAAAACUGUCCGACAGAUUCCUUUCAGCACUUAUGAGGGGCAUUUAUGCAGGUGAUGUCAGCCAGUUAAGUGCUCGUUCUGUGGCGAGACUCAACAAAUUGUAUAAUUUAGAACGGCUUCAGGGGUCAAGUAUCCUUGGCGCCUCUAUGACAGGAUUAGCCAGUUCAUUCGACAAGUAUCAGAACACAGCAGGUCCUCUAUUAAGUCAAGCAAUGACAGGAAAAGUGUAUGAUGGAUUCGACAAGCUAUCCUCGUUGUACAGUGUGGUAGCAGUUAAAAGUGGAGUUCAAGAACUUGCAGUUGCACUAGAACAAAAAUUAAAGAGUAUCGGUGUGGAGAUUAUAAAAAACUUUGAAGUAGUUGAGAUUUUACCUGGUGAUGAAUCGUGUACAGUACUUGGAGCUGAUGGACAACAAGUUAAUGGAUCUGUGAUUGUUUCAACACUAGGAGCCAACAAAAUUGGCCCAGUACUAUCAGCUUCAGAAAAAGCUAUAAAGCUGUGUGAUGAGAUUCAGUUCGCAAAUCUAGCGGUUGUUAAUUUUCAUUUUAAGAAACCAGUUGGCAAAGAUUGGUUUGGAUUUUUAAUUCCCAAAUCAGAAGAUGCGAAUAACCCACAACAGGUGAUCGGUGUCGUUUUUGACUCUGCUGUUAGAAAUGCCACUGUUCCUGUCUCUGCUGGGCUGGAAUCUAUCCUGCAAUUAAAGAAACAGGCAUCUCAGGACAAGGAAAUUGGUAUGGGCGAAGAGGCUAACAAAACAGAAGAUGAGCCUAUCUCAUUUGAAAAAAUAAAGUCCCUGGUUGCGGAUCAAUUUGGAGAUGAGACUACUACUGACGCUUCAAAAGUCAGCCAAACUAGUUCAUUUUCUACUGGAACUACCCUCACGGUGAUGAUAGGAGGUGAUCUAUGGGCGGGACUAGCUGCCAACGAACUUCCUAACAAGUCUACAGUUAUUGCAAAUUCAAUAGAGGCUUUGAAGAAAUAUCUGAAAAUCGAGGAGAUUAAACCUGAGGAUUUUGAGGUCAGCGUUACUUAUCAGACUGGUAGCAUUCCCCAGUAUCAUGUAGGACACGGAGAUUUGGUCCACCAGAUACAUGACGAAGUGGCCAAAGCGUAUGACAAUCGUCUUUACUUGUCAGGCACAUCUUUUGGUAAAGGUGUUGGUGUUGGAGAUUGUAUCGUGGAUUCGUUGACCAUUGCAUCUAGAUUUUCACAGCAAAGAAAAUUGCUCUAUCCUCAAUAUUACAUCAACAACUAUCUCACUUUAACGCAUCCUUCUUUAUACGCAUAG